AUGUCGUCUGAAGCAUUUGUAACAUUAGUAACAAAUGAUGGUUAUGCACUUGGAGCUCUUGUUCUUGCACAAUCAAUUCGUUUGGUUGGAACAAAACGAAAUUUAGUUGUUCUUAUAUCAAAUAAUUUAUCUGAUUCAUUAAAAAAAACCUUAGAAAAUAAUUUUGAUGAAGUUAUUCUUGUUGAAGAAUUGGAUUCUAAUGAUAGUGAACAUUUACGUUUAUUAUCACGUCCAGAACUUGGAAUAACAUUUACAAAAAUAAAUUGUUGGCUUUUAGAACAAUAUUCCAAAUGUGUUUUUUUGGAUUCGGAUUGUAUUGUUUUACGUCAAAUAGAUGAUUUAUUUGAAAGAGAAGAAUUUUCUGCUGCACAUGAUGCUGGUUGGCCUGAUUGUUUUAAUUCAGGUGUUUUUGUUUAUCGUCCAUCAAAAGAAACAUUUAGAAAAUUAAUGUUAUUUGCAUCAGAAAAAAAUGCUUCAUUUGAUGGUGGUGAUCAAGGUCUUUUAAAUGAAUUUUUUUCAAAUUGGCGUUCAUCAGAUAUAUCUCGACAUUUACCAUUUAUUUAUAAUGUUACAUCAAAUGCAUUUUAUUCAUAUUUACCAGCAGUAACAAAAUUUCGUAAUGAAAUUCGUAUUAUUCAUUUUGCUGGUAGUUUAAAACCAUGGAAUUUAACAUAUAAUCCAUUAAAUGAACAAUUAUCAGGAAAUUUAGAUGGACAAAGUGAUAUUCAAAGAGAUUUUCUUCUUUCAUGGUGGAGAAUAAUGUAUCAACGAGUUUGGCCACAAUUGUCAUUAUUUAAUCAGGAUCAAUCAAUUGGUUCACUUAGUAGUAAUAUUUUAUUGAAUAAUGAAACAGUUGAUAUCGGUUCAACAAAACAUCGUCGAGCAUGGGAAACAGGUCAUAUUGACUAUAUUGGUCGAGAUUCAUAUUCACAUAUUCAAGAACAAAUCGAACAUAAUAUAGCUCAUCUACCAUCACAAUAUCAUCCAUCACAACAAAGACAAAAAACACCUGAAAGACAACCAACAAGUAUUCUCAAAAAGUCAACUAAAGAAGUGAAAACAUCUCUUCCUGAAAAUAUUCCAUCAGAAAUUUCUUCAAAUAUUUCAACACAUGAACAACAAUCAAAUUGGACAGUUAAAUCAACAAUUGUUACUACUUAUACACAAGGUAUAGGAGAGUUCGCUGGACCAACUGUAGUAAGUAAAGUAGUUAGUGAAAGUUCUUCUUCAUCAUCUGAUUAUCCUUCAAAUAUAACAUCAAAUCAACAAAACACAGGAGUUGGAUCAUCUGUUCAAGGUGCAAGAUCAUCACCACCAUCAACAACAACAAAGGAUGAUAAACAUGUGAACAAAUAA